UCUAUUUAGUCUGUAUUUGUCUAUAAGUCGUAUAAAUUGCUUUUAUUUACUUCUUAAUUAUAAUUGAAAUUUUCAGGAUUUAAUUCUAUACAUUGAACUAUAAUAUUAAAAUAGUGUACAUAAUAUAAUUAUAGUCUUUACUUCCUAUUUGGGCUUACUAGGUUAAAAACCAUAUUGAAGAGUAAUGGCUGAUAUAUUGGAUAUUUUGGAUAUUGAACAGCCUGGAGGGUCUGAAAUCAAUAGGGAUACAAUAAUUCAUGGUGAUAAAGUAAAAAAGAAAUAUGUGACUGCUAAAGCUGUGAAAAGACCUGAGGGCAUGCAUAGAGAAGUGUUUGCCUUACUUUACAAUGACUCUAAUAAAGAUUUACCUCCAUUGCUUCCUACUGAUACAGGUAAAGCCUACAAGCAAACAAAGGCGAAGCUAGGAAUGCGCAAAGUGCGUAAGUGGACAUGGGCACCAUUUACAAAUCCAGCUCGUAAGGACAAUGCUGUAUUUUACCAUUGGAAACGUGUUUCUGAUGAAACAAAAGAAUAUCCAUUUGCUCAGUUUAAUAAGCAAGUUUCAAUACCUUCGUAUUCUGAGUCUGAAUACAAUCAAUUCUUAAAAUCGGAGGAUUGGAGUCAAGCGGAAACCGAUCAUUUGAUGGAUCUAUGUCAGCGAUUUGAUCUGCGAUUUAUUAUAAUUCAUGAUAGAUGGGACCGUGCUGCAUUUAGAGAUCGAAGCAUAGAAGAUUUAAAAGAAAGAUAUUAUGGGAUUUGUGCUACUUUAAGUAAGGUGAAAACUAAUCCUUGGUCAAAUUUGACAACUACGGUAAAUGGAGAGAAACGAAUAUAUCACUAUGAUGCUGAACAUGAAAGAAAGCGGAAGGAACAACUACGAAGACUGUUUGAUCGAACACAAGAACAGAUUGAUGAGGAGCAAAUGCUAAUAGCUGAAUUGAAAAAGAUUGAAGCAAGGAAACGGGAAAGGGAAAAAAAGACACAAGAUUUACAAAAGUUGAUUUCUAGAGCUGAUAGUGGAAAUAUAGCAUCUAAUAAUCAUGCUACAAAUAAUAUGGAUACAUCCAAUAACACAGGGAAUGUAUCAUUAAACAUUGCCAGGCGUCAUGAUAGAAAACUACACAAGAAGAAACUUUCCUCCCAACAAAGACCUAUUCGGGCUGUGGAAACUGUAACAGUGGAAUGGUCUGGAAUCAAAUUCCCAGAAGCACGCGGCGCUGGUGUAUGGCUCCGCUCACAGCGAAUGAAAUUGCCCCCCGGUGUUGGACAAAGAAAGACUAAAACAAUAGAACAAGAACUAAGACUUAUGAAUAUAGAUAUUGCACCAACUCCAACUGAAGCCAUAUGCAAACACUUCAAUGAGUUACGAUCUGACCUUGCAUUGGUAUUAGAUUUGAGAAGUGCUUUAGUACCUUGCGAAUUUGAGCUACAGGCAUUAAGACAUCAAUAUGAAGUUCUUAAUCCAGGAAAGACUCUUACAAUACCAGCCUCAAUUUGCAAUGGGCCUGAAAAUGAGGCGAAACCUACGUUGGAAAUUAUUGAUGUAGUUGGAUCACCAAGCGCUCUGAAUAAUACCAUCUAGCGCUAUGUAUUAUAUCCAUUAUCUUUCCUUUUAAUUCUCUUACUGGAACCAAAUUUUUGGAACAUAAUGUAGAUUUAAAUACUUAUUAAAUAUAAAAAUAUUUUUAAAAUAAAAA